AUGGAUAUCCAGGUGGUUGUGUACGUAGCCAAUGUUGUGGUUUACACAGUAAUAAUUUCUAUGGAUAUAGCCAUUUUCAUUGUUGCCAUUAAAACUGGCGAAAUUGCUCGACAACUCAUUCUAUGGACUAUUUUUCUGUGUAUGGGAAUGGAUAUUGCUGUGUAUUUGAACACUGUCCUGCACGAUGUACCAAGUUUUUUCUUGGAUACGGAUAUUUUCAAAACUGCUGAGCAAGCCUACCUCUCGAUUCUGAUACUAUGUUGUCAAUGGUUCACCCAGCUAUUUGCUUUGCUGGUUUUGUCUGUCCUUCACUUUAUAGCGGUCUUUUCUCCAGCUAAAUUUCGUACACUUUUACCACGGCAUAUGCAAAUGAUUAAUCUUGGCAUCGUCCUCAUUGGUAUUUUAUUCACAGUACCUCUGUUCACUCCAUACUGUGGUUAUACCUACCUAGUUCAAGGUCAUUUCUGGUACUUUGACAUGAGCAAACCAUACACUUUCAUGUACUGGAGUGUCAAUCUCGUUCUACAGGUUAUUUGUGCUGCUGUAGUAGCAUGUGUCGAUACUAUCAUUAUUUGGAGAAUUUGUAUGAUCCGAAGAGUUGCGACGAAGAGGAAGGCUUUUACGUCUUCCACAGCUACGAUUGUAUGUACUGCUUGA